UUUAAAAUGAUACUAAUGUGUUAAUUUAUCAUUAAAUAUGUUAGUAGAAUUUGUGGUUGAAUUUUGUACCCUAAAAUAUUUUACCCACUACACCUUACCAUAAUUAAUACACUUGUAUUACACUGUGUUUUACACCCUAAUAUUAUUCUAUUCUGAACUAUUACUAUAAGCUCUUGUCUGUUCUCUAUAAUAUGGAUAAAGUAUCUGUAUGGAAACCCUCAGAACAUGAUCUGCCACAUUCUGAGCUUGAUGAAAUUGGUAAAAAUAUCUCAAAUUUUAAUGGAAACUAUGCUAAACGGAAUUUUUCAAAUAAAUUUAAUAUGGAACCCAGAACUAGUUCUUUAAAAAAACUUAACAAUUUGGAGAACACUCUAAUUGAACAUAUGGGAAAGAGACGAUCUCAUAAUAUUAAUAAUCUUAAUCAAUUUAUUUAUAAUACUAGAAAACGAACGUCUACUUACAAAAUCGUUAAUGAUAACAACAUUCUUUAUGAUAAUAAUAAAUUACACAAUACUGAUCUAAAUAAACAUAAUAUCUUUAACCAAAAUAAUGGAGGAAUCAAUGAUAUAUCCGAUAUGGAUACCACUACUAGUAGUACUAGUUAUACUGAUAGCACUCCCAUUAGUGCUGGCAAUACUGUGGAUAAUUUCAAUAAUACGAAGGUUGUGAGUACUAAUAUUGUGGGUACUGGUAAUACAACAGGAAAAUCUAGUAAUAAGACCAGUAAUGUGAGUACUUCCAAUGUGGGAAAUGUGGGAGCUGAGAAUAAAAAUAAGAGUGAAAGUGACUCAAAAUCAAUGACUAAAGCUGAGUUUCAAAGAAGGAUGGCAGUACUUACAUCGUGGUACAAUAAAUUGCCAAUAAUAAUCAGUAGAAAGGAUAACUCAAUUCAAAUUCCUAAAAGGGUUACUGUGCUACCGAAAGAAAAGAACCCAAUUCUUAUUGAAAGUGAAUAUGGUCUCGAUGUCAGAUUCAAUUUAACAAUUCUAAUUGAUAUCUUAACUUGCCCGUUAUGUAAAGGUUUAUUCCACAAUGCACAAACUAUUAGGGAUUGUAUGCACACUUUCUGCAAAAGCUGUCUCAUAUUAUCCACUUUUGAAAAUGGAUUGGUGUGCCCGACGUGUUUUUCGCCGAUACUUUCAAGUAUAACCGAGGGAGUGGAACCGGAUACAAAUAUACAAACAAUAGUGGAUAAAUUGUUCCCGCACUUUGCUCAAAAUGAACAGAAACUAAUAGAUGAAAUGAAAGAAAGAAAAAAGAACUAUAAAAUUAGCCUACAAGAUAACAAGAUUAGUGAUACUGUAGAUACUAAGAUUCCGGAUCUUAUAGAUAAUAAGAUUAGUGAAGAUAAUAAAAUUACUCAACAAGAUAACAAGAUUAUCGUACAAGAUAAUAAGAUUCCGGAUGUUUUAGAUACUAAGAUUGUUGAUACUGUAGAUGAUAAAAAACUAUGUGAAGUUACUGAGACUACUAUUGGACAACAUAAGGAGAUUGUUGUACAAGGGAGUAAGACUACUAAUGAAAAGGAUAAGGAAAUUGCUGUACAAGUUAAUAAACCUACUGUUGAACUGGAUAGUAAAAGUAUUGAUCAAGAUAAUAAGGAUGUGCAUCAACAAGAUAGUAAGGAUGUGUUCGUACAACACAGUAAAACUACUAUUGAACAGGAUAAGGAAAUUGUUGUACAAGAUAGUAAAACUACUAUUGGACAACAUAAGGAGAUUAUUGAACAACACAGUAAAACUACUAUUGAACAGGAAAAGAAUUUUAGUAAUAUAGAUAAUAAGAUUAGUGAAGAUAAUAAAGGUGUUGAACAAGAUAUUAAAAUUGAUAAUAAUAAUGCACGUUUGAUAAGCAGUGACCAAAAUAAGAAAAGGAGUAAUAAAACGCCUUUAAUAAGAAUUGAAGAAGAAAAGAAAACUGAGGCUAGAGAGGUGAUUACUGAAGAACCGAAGGAGGAAAUAAUGUAUCGCAAAACUAAAAUUUCAGACCCAACAGAAACUUUCUUAAGGGAGUUAAACAAGUGUAAAGACUUGACUAGGUUUUUUGAAAGUGUGUCAUGUCUGGCAUUGGUCCAUGUUUCUGAUAACCAGAUGAAUGGACCUUUCAAUGAUAUAACACAGCAAAUGGGAUAUUUGGGGGAUAGAUUACGCUUAAAUAUGUCAGGAAGAUAUCCAAGAAAGUAUAUCUGUGUGCCUAAAAGGAUACGGGUUAUAGAUAUUGUGCGUUAUCUGGCCAACGAACUCUUGCUUGGACCGAAAUAUAAUGUAGUCUUCAUGCUGAAGAAUCUCGUCCUCCAAAAAACAUAUACUAUCGAGUUUAUUUUUCAAACCUUUAAAAUCGAUGCCUCAAAAUGCGUUGUUUUCAGAUACGAAAUUGUACAACACGAAAAUAGUUCAUAA